UUCAGGCCGUGGUACUUGCCUUGAUAAUGAGCCUCCCAAGCGUGACUUUCUUUAUCCAGCUGUGGCCCCAGGUCAGGUGUAUGAUGCUGAUGAGCAGUGUCGUUUCCAGUAUGGAGCAACAUCCCGCCAAUGCAAAUACGGGAAAGAAGUGUGUAGAGAGCUUUGGUGCCUUAGCAAAAGCAACCGCUGUGUCACCAACAGUAUCCCAGCUGCUGAGGGGACACUAUGUCAGACUGGGAACAUUGAAAAGGGGUGGUGUUAUCAAGGAGAUUGUGUUCCUUUUGGCACUUGGCCCCAGAGCAUAGAUGGGGGCUGGGGCUCCUGGUCACUAUGGGGAGGAUGCAGCAGGACUUGCGGGGGAGGCGUCUCUUCUUCCCUAAGACACUGUGACAGUCCAGCACCGUCAGGUGGUGGAAAAUAUUGCCUUGGAGAAAGGAAACGAUAUCGCUCUUGCAACACAGAUCCAUGCCCUUUGGGUUCCCGAGAUUUUCGAGAAAAACAGUGUGCAGACUUUGACAAUAUGCCUUUCCGGGGAAAGCAUUAUAACUGGAAACCCUAUACUGGAGGUGGGGUAAAACCUUGUGCUUUAAACUGCCUGGCUGAAGGUUACAAUUUCUACACUGAGCGGGCCCCUGCAGUCAUAGACGGAACCCAGUGCAAUGCUGACUCGCUGGAUAUCUGUAUCAACGGAGAAUGCAAGCAUGUAGGCUGUGAUAAUAUUUUGGGAUCUGAUGCUAGGGAAGAUAGGUGCCGAGUCUGUGGUGGGGAUGGAAGUACCUGCGAUGCCAUUGAAGGGUUCUUCAAUGACUCGUUGCCCAGAGGAGGUUAUAUGGAAGUGGUGCGGAUUCCAAGAGGUUCUGUUCAUAUCGAAGUAAGAGAAGUUUCCAUGUCAAAAAAUUACAUUGCUUUAAAAUCUGAAGGAGAUGAUUACUAUAUUAAUGGUGCCUGGACUAUUGAUUGGCCUAGGAAAUUUGAUGUUUCUGGAACAGCUUUCCACUAUAAGAGACCAGCAGAUGAACCAGAAGUCCCUGGAAAAAACAUAGCCUUAGGACCCACCUGA